CUGUCAACUGCUGCUCCUGUUAGCAAUUUGUCUAUAGCCUGCCUGCCUGUCUCUCCUCUCGUGUCUGUGUCUGUGUCUGUGGUGUUGAAAGAGAGAUGAAAAGUGCCAAGUGGAGAGUUAAAAUCGCCGCGAUCAUCAUCAUCCUUGUGUCUGCCUUUCUCACCUUUCUCAGCGCUCUCCUGAUCAGGACCUACACGUUCGACCCGGCCGGUCAGCCGGCGUCCAGCUCGCCCGGCGGCGCGGGGAGCGGUCUGGCCGCUAACUUCAGCCUGGAGGAGAGGACGCUGCUGCUCAGCCACUUGAAAGGGGCGCUCCGCAUUCCCACCGUGACCCGCAGCCCCAGCGACUGGAACACCCUCGCCCUGGAGGAGUUUGGAGACUUGCUGCCCAGAGUAUUUCCUACUGUGUUCUCCUCGAACCUUGUGAAACAUGAAGUUAUCGCUAACUACAGUCACUUGUUCACUGUACGUGGGUCAAAUGACAGUCUCCAGCCGUACAUGCUGAUUGCCCACCUGGAUGUGGUCCCUGCACUGGCAGAAGAUUGGGAGGUGCCUCCAUUCUCCGCAGAGGAGCGGAAUGGCUAUUUAUAUGGACGUGGAGCAAUGGACGAUAAAUCAUCUGUUAUGGGAAUUCUCCAAGGUCUGGAAUUCCUGUUGAAACGAGGGUACAAACCUUGUCGAACGUUCUAUAUUGGAAUUGGGCAUGAUGAAGAGGUUGGAGGAAACAGUGGAGCCAGGAACAUAGCAACAGUUCUGCAAUCCAGAGGAGUAAAGCUCUCCUUCCUUCUGGAUGAAGGCUCAGCUAUACUCAGUGGAAUCAUACCAGGACUGGACAAACAGGCUGCAAUUAUAGCUACCUCUGAAAAAGGAUAUGUUACCAUUAGUCUGAGCGUGAGCAUGGCCACUGGCCAUUCCUCAAUGCCAGCGAAGGAGUCCAGCAUUGGAAUCUUGGCAGCUGCGGUGUCCAAAUUGGAAAAUAACCCAAUGCCCAGAAUGCUUGGUCAAGGACCAGAGCGUGGACUGCUUGAACACCUGAGUCCUCAGCUUCGUUUCCCUCUGAAUGUCGUCAUGGCCAACCUGUGGUUGUUUGCUCCACUUGUCAGCAGAAUGAUGGAGAACAAACCAAGUACGAACAGUCUUGUCCGGACGACCACUGCAGUGACAGAGUUUCAUGCUGGAGUUAAGGCAAACGUGAUUGCUCCUUUCGCGAGGGCGACAGUGAAUUUCCGCCUCCACCCUGUGCACACAAUGGAAGAGCUUCUCCAUCAAGUUCAAAGUAUUAUUUCUGAUGAACGAGUGAAGAUUGAAGUUCUACAGCACCAUCCCUCGCUCCCGUUGAGUUCUUACAAUGACAACUCAUUUGGGUAUCAGGUCAUCAAAGGAACAAUUCGAGACGUUUUCCCUGCAGUAGCCAUUGCUCCAGGUCUCUGUAUUGCGGGCACAGAUACCAGACACUACCUGAACCUGACCAGGGAACUCUAUAGAUUUACACCAAUGAUGGUGAAGCAAGAGGACCUAUCUCGGAUACACGGUGUGAAUGAAAGACUAUCUGUAAAGAACUAUGAAGAAAUUGUCAAGUUUUACUUCCGUCUAAUGCAGUAUUCUGAUUUUUGGAAACUACCGUUUCCUCACAGUGCCUUGGGUGACUUGUAGCGAGUAAGUCCCCAGAUUGACACAGCCUGCUCCAUCCCUGAGGUUUACCAACAUAAUUCAUGUGGGUAUAGUUGGAUUACAUUCCCAUGAAAUCCAGUGAAAAUUCAACUAUGAUUAUCUCUCCCUUAAGGAGAUUUGUCAUUCUUUGUAGACCUUUUUUAAGGGUUGGUGAUGAAGGGAUUAACAGAAAUAAGAAUACUGAAAUACCUCAGUGACUCGGUGUAUGAAACAGGGCUCAUUUUUGGUCGGUGCUGUGUUGGUUUGGUCUGCUUGGACUGGGAAAGAUAAAGGGUGCGUGGGGUCAGGGGAGAAAUCAGCCAGGGUGACCCCUUCCGAGUGCAUUGCAGCAACUUAGAACUGGAAACGUUCGUGUGUGGAUGGGGGAAGGGCAAAGGAAAUUGCUCAUUUAGACUGACUGGCUACAAUGAUAAAGAAGAACCAGAGGGAUUGGAGAAAUACUACCUCCUGUGGAACAGUGGUGCAACACCAUCUACUGCCGAUGUCAUCCAAGAGGCGCAGAGAGCAAAAUUCGGAAGGAAAAUACAUUCUCAAAACAUGCAAAUACCUACAAAUUAACAUUGUCACAUCAAAAUUUGAAAAUAUACGUUUUACUAUUGGCUGAAGAGAAGAAUGAAUAUGUAGUCUUGUCUGAAUUUAUCUGCUUGGCGAAUACUAUCAAACACCUUUUCAGCGAUACCCUUUGUGUAUUUAAAUUUGGUGAUGUUUUCACAGUGAUAUUUAUACAUGGCUGCAUCCCUUGUCUGGGGCAGCCGCACUGUGAAGUGUGUAUUUAAAAAUGAUUUGUUCGGAAAUUAUACACUGUGGAUUGAGGCCCCCUCGUGUCAGGGCAUUCUUCCUUGCCAUUCUUAUGGCUUCAUAACACUAUUCUUAGAUUUACCAGAUAGUAUUAUAAUUAUUACAAUGAUAAAUGAAUAAAACAGAUAUUUGGAACCCA